AUGCUCAAAAUUUGGUCUAUGAAACAACAGCAGCAGCAGGCUGAAAAUGCCGAAGGCGCUGCGGGGAAGAAGAAGAAGAAGGUCACAGCCGCUCAGCUGCGUGUCCAGCGAGACCUCCAAGAGCUCACGCUUGGAAACACAAUGAAAAUGGCAUUCCCGAACCCCGACGACAUCCUGAAUUUCACACUUACGAUCGAGCCCGACGAGGGCAUGUACAAGGGCGGCUCGUUCGUCUUCACUUUCGCUGUGAACCAGAACUUCCCGCAUGACCCGCCGAAAGUGAAAUGCACGCAGAAGAUAUACCAUCCAAAUAUUGAUCUCGAGGGGAACGUUUGUCUUAAUAUUCUGCGCGAGGACUGGAAGCCCGUUCUGAAUUUGAAUGCGGUUGUUGUGGGGAUGCAGGUCUGUUUCACCUUCUUUUAA